GGGUGUGGGUUUUGUUGCGUCGAGGGCCCUCUAGCGGGGCCAGGCGGCAACGGCUCCGGCCCCUCACGGCGAGGCCUCGGACCCUGCAACUCUCAGGCUGCCGCAGCCGACCAAGGCCCUCGUUCAAAAUGUCCAGCGACAGUGAUGAGCAUUUGCCAGGGGUGAUGAUGCCUCAGCCAAUCACGGGCCGUGAUCCUACAGCGGGUGGGGCCAGAGUUGCUGAGCAGCCAAUGAAGCCGCGUGAGGGGGUGCAAGAUGUUUCGACGGAGGGCAAAGGUCAUUCGGAAAGCGUCCCAUUGAAAAAUGUGAAAGGUCACUCCUCUCAUCGCCUGCAAAGUCCACCACCUCCUACAACUACCUCUACAUCAUUAUCCUCAACCUCUGCUCGCCAAGCCAAGCCCUCUCGCCCCAGAGGACGACCCAGAAUUCACCACCCCCCAGCUUUAACUGAAGGCCCAGUGGUUGCAGGCGGUAGCUGGAAUGGGAGGGGAGGACUCUCCCCUGCUCAGUGUGUGGCUGCCGGGUUCAAUGUUGAAUCUGGAGGAGGAGCGGGAGGCAGAGGAAGCGGAAAAACUUACAUCUGUAUCGACUGUGGAUACAGAACACCAAGAAGGGGACGCAUGUUUAAGCACAGGGAAAAGCAUCAUCAGGGAGGAGUGAGUGGCUUGCCGGUGGGAGAUGUUUUGUCAACGUCACAAGGACAGAAGGAGCCACGCGCAUGCCCAACCAGCACAAAAUCCGCCCGCAAGCGAGAGCGGUCAAAGAGCACCUCACCUCACCUCCUCCGCCGGCCCCGAGUAUCUAUCUUGCCGGACGUCCCCUCGUCUACCUCUUCUUCCUCAUCUUCAUCGUCGACAUCAUCAUUAUCCUUAUCCUUUUCUUCUCCAAAAUCCCUGCCGCCACUGCCAUCACCAGUACCUCCUCCGGUUUCUCCAUCCUUGUCGAGUAUGGCCCAUCCUUCGAAACGAGGGCCGGCUUCGAGGUCCGGUGGACGCGGUCACAAGCGAGGGAGUGGUCUGGAGGGGGGCAGCGCUGCCAAGAAGAUUCGUAAAAAAGGGGGCAGUCACGAGGGCAGCAGCACCACCAAAAGAAUUCGUAAGAAAGGUGGCGAUUCUGAAGGUGGUGGCACUAAGAAGAGUGGCUCUAAGAAGAUUCGCUCUAAAGGGAAAGGCAUCGAGGGGGGUAGCACGAAGAGGGUUCGUACGAAAGGGGACAGCGCUGAAGGGGGGCGCAAGAAAAAAAUGCCCGUUGAAGGAGGGCACUCUGAAGAUGGCAACCUUAAAGGAGACAUCAGUAACUGGAACCCUACCGAAGAGAGUGGCACUAAAUUUGGAACUGGGAAGAGCACCCUUGAAGUGGAUGGUUCCAAAGGGGGCAGCAGCAACUGGAAUCCCACUGAAGGGGGUGGCACUAAAGAUGGUGGCCUUGAUGGUGGUGGUAUUGAAGUUGGCGGCGGCAAUGGCAGCAUCGUCCAGUUGUCCUCCGCUUUACAGGAGCCCUCAACGCCAUCAGCCAUUGUAGGAGAAAACCCGGCUGCCUCAGCCGCCCCUUCUGGCUGUGCAAAAGGGGGAGACCGCCACCGUGGCCGCAAGUCACAGGUCCUGUGUGGUGUGGCAUACUUGAAGGGCGAGGGAGGGCGCUUUCAGUGCGUGUACUGUCCCUUUGUGAGCGACCACAGAAGAAGCACGUCACGUCACGUUCUCAAGUUCCACCUGGGCGGCGAGGGGAGUCGCAGUGGUGCAGGCAAGGCUAGAGGAAGGGCCUCGCGUAGAAACCGAGGUCUCAAGGCAGUGGCAAUCGGAGACCCUGGGAAAACUCCGAUCGCAGUCGUCCAGCCGGUGGAAACAGCAGCGAUGACAAAAUUGGAAGUAGGAGACAUGGUCAGCUUGAGAUCAGCGGUAAAGACGGAUUUGUUGGUGUCUGAGACAGAAGGAGGCGUCACAGCUGGAAAAGUGAAGGAGGAAGAGGUGUUGGCAAUGGUGGCGGCAGAGAAAGAUGAGGUGAAACAGGUAGGAAACGCAGAGCAGUCCGUCCAACAAAUUUCACUGCAGCUGCCACCAAAUACGACACAGAUGCUAGCAGCACCAACACUGUUAACAAUGCCGCGCGACGGACUUAAUGCCAAGAAUCAUAGGCCACUGGAAUCGAGUGUGGGCACCAGCAAGAAGCCACUGAGAUUCAGUAACCGGCGCAGCAACAGGACAAGCGGCGCAGCAGCAGAAUCGGGGACUGAGCCGGAGGUGGGGAUUGAAACAGGCGAGUCGGCGCAGUCGUCACGGCCCACUGCUCGGCUGCUGUCACUGGUGUUGAAUGGCAAUGCUGGCAGCGCCGAAGUGGUUGGGGCGGUGGCACGAGACGGGCGACAGCAGCAGGCACUGGAUCUCUCCUCGUCAGUCGUCCUCCCGCACAAGCCCAAUGCCCGCAUCGACGCCAUCGUGCAGGGCCUACAGACUCGACUUUCGGAAAAUGGUGCCGGCUCCGCGUUGGCUGCACUGCAGGCGCUAGCAGCAUCCGACGGGGGUCACGAAGUCACCGAGAGCGCUGCCGGAGAGGCGAGUGAGGCUAGCGAUGUUGAAGGCGAUGACCACAGAGUAGGAGGAGGAGCAGCUGAUGAAAAUGAAGGAAAAGAGCACCACGCCGCUGAAGAUGAUGACGUUGUUUCGGAUGAGGAAAAACGAGGAGAGGGGGAGGACAUAUGCAAUGGUUCAAUCUUGCGUUACCGCUGCCUGGUGUGCCCCUUUUCGCAUGCAGACGUCGCGGCCAUGAUGCCGCACUACAUCAGCGAGCACCCAACGGUGCGCAUCACCACCGCGCUGGUGGCGUCCACUUUCGAUGUGACGCGGGGUCCACUACAGCAGAAGCACAACCACCACUACCGCACCAACAGCACCAACGAGAUCAGGAGGAAAUACGCUGGGCGUCCACGCCAUGGCUUUGCUGGGAGCAGCAGUGGAAGCUCGUGGUAUGGUUGCGACCAGUGUCCCUACGGUCACGGCAACAUCCAUUCAGUGCUUGUGCACUACCAGCGCCGGCACCCAGCUGUCAAGGCCACCUAUGCCCGCAUCCUGCGCCGGGGGCAACCGCCGGCGAAGGGGGCGAUGCGCGGAUCACUGCGGCGCCGUUUCGGUGGCGGUUCCAAACCUGACGCCAAUGCAGAGGCAGGGUCGACAGGAGAGGCGGGGCUGGUUGAAGAGGCAGAACAAGCAUCUGAGCCGACCUUCCGGUGCCGCCACUGCAACUAUGCCAACCGCUCAGUGCAGGGUGUCCUCGUUCACUACCAGAAGCGCCACCCGAUGGUCAAAGUGACGGCGCGCUACGUGCGAGAGGGACAGCGCUUUCCGGCGGACGGUGCCCCUCCGGCGGACGAGCCGCAGUCGCCGGCGAGGAUGGGCCUUGCUGAGAUGAUGCGGUUGCUCGUGACACCACUACCGCCGACGCCUACGGUCGCCACAGCGCUGCCGGCCGUCCCCUGCGGCCAGCCCGCUGCGGCGCCGCUACCAGUGUCCUCUUCCCCUGAUGCGGCAGCCGAAGCUCAACCGAGCGCAGCGAUGGCGGUGACGAUGAUUACACCGGGCCCCUUCUACUGCCAGGAGUGCGGCUACGCUAACCGCUCGGUGCAGGGCGUGCUCGUACACUGCCAAAAGCGCCACCCGGGUGUGCGGGCUAGUGCCGACAUAGUCCGGCGGCACACGGCGCUGGUAAGGGGAGGAGAUGCCGUGGAAGACGGGGAAGUUGGGCCGCUGGUGCCGACAUCAUUGACCGUCCCGAUACCCCCUUCGCACGGAACAACAAUGACGACAUCGGUGGAGGAAACUGCGGUCGAUCUUUCCUCAACGCCAUCGCGUGGUCAUCACCGCCCACUGCGCCGCUGCUCCCACUGCGGCAUCGCCUGCAGCACGGCGAGGCAGCUGGAUGCACACGUAGCGCGGAGGCAUGCGGGCGCCGGCCUGGACCUGCAGCAACUGCAUCCGCUACAGCAGCAGUCGGUGGAGGUGUCCCCCGCCAUUCUACUUCGACGUGAGCGAGAUCGGGCACGACGCAGGGCUACUGCUGCUGCUGCCGCCGCUGCUGCCACCACUGCUGCUGUUACUACUGAUUCUCCUGCAAAUGUUGUUGCUGCUGAUGGUGGAGGAGAUGGUGCUGCGGCUGCCGUAGCUGGUAGCGCUAGUGAUGCCACCCCUAGUUCUAGCUCGUAUGCCACCUCCACCGCUGUCACCUCAACUGCCGCAUCUGCACCAACUCAGCAGCAGCGCCAGCAGCAUCGCCAGGGCCAGCUGAUCUUCACGUGCGCCCUAUGUCCUUACCUGAAUGCCCGUGUGCACGGCGUGCUCACGCACUACCAGAAGCGCCACCCCACCGUGCGGGCCUGCAGCGAGGAGGUGUGGUCUCGUGCCGAACCCGCCUCCCCGCUGCUCCUCGCUUGCCUUCAUCGUCGACGGCCGGCACGGGGUGGUGGUGCUGGCGGCGGCAGCGGCGGGCGCCGUCCAUCCUGGGCUAAGAACCAUAGAUCUGCAGGAGCGGCCGGCGGGGAGGAAGAGGGCCCGCUGGCGGAGCUAGCCCUUGGCAGCGGUGGCGGCCACGGGUUGGGCGGCUAUCGAUGCUCUCUUUGUCCCGAUCUGGCGCUGCCAUCGAUGGAGAGGUUACUGCUGCACGAGGUGCGCUGCCGGGAGUUGAGGGCCGCCACUGCUGAGGGAGGAAAGCUGUUGACGAAAGUGGCUGCAAAUGAUGGAGGCAGUGGCGGUGAUUGCAAUGAACCAAAAGAUUCGUUGCAGUCGAAGGUGGUGGAGAUGGAGGAGCGGCCGAAAGAUGAGCUUGAUUCUGGCCACGGGGCUGCCGAAGAGCCAGGUGAUGGCGAUGCGGUGCCGGCUGUCGCCAGGGCUGAUGGAGAUCAAAUGGCCGACAAUGAAGAUCAAACAGCUCAGGGCAAUGAUCGAGAGCCCGCACAUCGCCUCACCACAGAGCCCUCACAAAAGCCCUACCCGCACCGUCAUGCCUGCACACAGUGCGACUUCACCGCUCCCUUCAAAUCCCAACUCCGGCGUCACCAGCUGAGGCAGCACCGUCUGGCGGAGCCGCCGCCGCCACCACCGCCGCCACCGCCACCGGCUCCCAUCCCUCGUGCAACUCCACCGCGGACUCUGAUGCGCGGCCCGGACGGCCGAUUCGCUCCAUCAUCUUCCCCUCGCCAAAAUCCACGAUUGAGCUGGGCUCGACAUCGCCACAGCAACCGCCAACACCACCACAAUCGGCACACGCGAAGCCGUUGGCCUUCUGCCAAGCACUCCUCCCGGCUCGUUUCGCAGAACCCCACGGACAGUGGUGGCGGCGGAGAAGACAAGAGUAGCAGCAGCAGUAGCAGCAGCAGCAGCAGCAGUGCUGUAGAGAGUGGUGAUCGCCACACUCCAGCCACCGACCAGCCGUCCAGCUUGUGCUGUCCGCUGUGUCCCUACCGUACGUGUGGGCGGAGCGGUAUGAUAUCUCACCUAGCGACGCAUCGUGAUUUGGAACGAAGACGAGAAGGCAUGGUUGCUGGUGGUGGUAGUAGCAGCAGUAGUGGCAGCAGUGCUAGUGGUAGCAGUGCCAGUGGUGAGGUGGCGGCAGCAGCUGCUGUGGUGGUGGCAAUGGAGGAGGAGCAGGAGACUUCGUCGGACCCGGAGGACGCUCCGCCAAUUCUGUCGGCCAUCGAGAUGGACUCCCCACCCGUUAACCGCAGUGCCGAGGAGGCUCCGCCGUUACUGACGGCCAAUGGAGGGGCUCCCAUCGUGAUGCCGGCAGAGGAGAUGGUGGAGGUGGAGGAGUUGGAGGAAGAGCAGCAGGAGGAAGAGGCGGUGAAAGAGGAGGAUGACGACGACGAGAUGAACGAAGUGGAGCAAGAGGCGGAAGUGGAGCCGAAGGACAACUGGAAGUGCCUGCUGUGUGGGAUGAUCGCUUGGAAAAUGAAAAUGGAAGAACACCUUCGGGAAGAGCAUAAGGUUCGUCAAAACCUCAACCUUGUAAUGUGCUUGAAUGAUGAGCAGUCAGAAAGCAGCACUCACAGCCAAUCAGAAUCUAGAACUCGCAACCAAUCAGAAUCCAUACCAAUCAGCCUGUCGGAAUCUAGACCCCUCAUCCAAUCAGAAUCCAGAACUCACAGCCAAUCAGAAUCCCGAAUACAUGGCCCAUCAGAAUCUAGAAUUCACAGCCAACCAGAAAUCAGGACGCACAGCCAAUCAGAAUCUAGGCCCAUCAGCCAAUCAGAAAAUCGGCCCCACAGCCAAUCCGAAUCCAGAACUCGCAGCCAAUCAGAAUCAAGAAAUCACAACCAACCAGAAAGCAGGACACACAACCAAUCAGAGGUCCCAAAUUUUGGCCAAACAGAACGCUUCUCACACGUUCCAGAAAUUGUUCAACCAGAGCCCUUUUCCCGGGGCCAAUCAGACAUGGUUGAUUUUGAACGCAUGCCCCAUGGCCAGCAAGAAAUUGGUUCUUUUGUCCAAGCAGAGCGUUUUACCAGGAACCAAUUGCAAGGCUACAAUUUCGUCCAACCUGAUCGCUUUUCACACGGCCAAUCAGAGCGCUUUUCUCGUGACCAAGCGGAAAUUGUCCAUUCAGAACGCUUCACCCAUGGCCAAUCAGAACGGUUUCCCCGCAGCCCACCAGAAAUCAUCCAAUCGGAUCGCUUUGGCCACAACCAAUCAGAUCGCUUUAUUCGCGACCCAUCAGAUAUUGUCCAACCAGAACGUUUUUCUCGCAGCCAGUCAGAAAUGAACCCUUUCAUUCAAUCAGGUGGCAGCAUCUUUCCUGGCCAAUCAGAGUUGAGCUCGCGGCCUGUUGGCCCUCCUCAUUCCCACGUGCCACCAUUUUCCCCUUAUGGAGUAGGCAUGGGCAGCAAGGGCCACACAGGCCCCCACAUCCCACCAGGUGCUGCCUACCAUCGCAUUGGAGGUGGCACUUGCGAUAUCAGCCAAUGGGAUUGCCUGGGUCCCGGCGAUGGCCAGUCAUUUCUGCCCUUUUACGUCCAAUCAGCACAGCCACCUGGAGGUCACGUGAUUCCAAGCGCUGGUGGUAAUGAAGACAACGAACUCCAUAUUCCCAAUGACUGUGUCGAUCAACUGACCAAGAUGUAUCAAAUUGACCAACCUGGGCCUCCCUUCCAGAUGGCGUAUGCCGACGCUGUCCAAUCACAGCUCGCGAUGCAGGGUGGUAGUGGGGGCGGAGGUGGAAGUGGGCAGGAGGUGAUGGCAUUGGCACAGUAUGUGGGUGGAACUUUCCUCGGCCAGUCGGAGGCAGGUGGGUCAAGGCGAGCUGGUCAACCAGGAGGCCCAAUGGGCGGUCACAUGACGCAGAUGUGACCAGUAUUUUUGGGGGUUUUUAUCGUUUUCGUCAAAAUAAUUGUACGAUUAUUCGAACAGACAGUGAAGACAAACGCAGAUUUAUGUGUACGGAUGCGUUCAAGUCUUAGUGUAAAUAGUUUUCUGAGAAAUGUAAUGCAUUAACCUCAACAAGAGUAGUUAAAUAUUGAUGUUAUGAAAGGAAGAUGCAACCAAAAAACAAAUGGGUGCCAUUUUAUUUUGUUACCAAAGCAGCUUUAUGUUUGUGUGAAAGUUUAAAUCCUGUGAUGUGAAUUAUAAAAAAAAAACUAUAGAUUCACCUCCAAGACUCGAAUGGCCUCUUAGAUUGAGCACAGAAAUUAUUUUUGGAAUACCUCUGCUUCUGCAGACUUCCAUUGGCUAGACAGGGCAGGCUUCCACCACCGUCAUCAUCACUGAAUAUUUAUUACUGCAGGUCCCAUGCAGUACAUCUCGAGGCACCCUGUCGCAGUCAUUUAACACCAACCUGCAAGUUGGCAAUAGUUCCUAUGUAGCUUUCACAAUUAAGUAAUUUUGCGAGCAUUUGAUGAUAUUUGCAAAAUUUGGACCAUUAGGCCAAUACAUCUGGCCUACCCUUUUUCAAAUAAUGUGACACUGUGAAAUACACGUAUUUAUGGUUAAUACACUUGCAGUAUUAACUAGGGUGGCCGCUUGGUCGAACUGCAAGCCUCUGCAACAAGUGGCAACCGCAGAGCCAUGUCACCAACCCAAUGAUCUGUGCAACCUAUGACGUAGCUGUAGCUCCAACUCCCACAACGCACGGCAUGUGGUCAUAGAAGGCACAGUGCAGUGACUUAACUAGGAUGUGCUUAUAGCAGCAUUCCAAACUAUAAAUCCUUUUAGCACAUUAACUUAGGACACCCGAUGUGUUCAUCUACAAAAUAAGUCAUUUGUUUUUUGGGUUGCAUCUGGCUUGAAACUUUAAAAGUGCUGACAUGUUUCUCCAUUGGCAUUUAGUGUAAAUAAAAAGAAAGAUGUUCAAUAUCCAGCACUAAUUUACUUGGGCCCGAUUUUUUAUUAUUUCAAGUAAAUUGGUUCAGCGUUAAUUGAGAUGGGAAACCCAGUUAAUUGGACUUUUCAGGUAUACCAAUGUCACCGUGGCCACUAACCUUCCUGAGUAUUUGAACACAUAGUGUCAGGUUGUCUUUCCAAUGUGUGUUAUUCAAUUAAUAACUAACAGAGCAGUUUUAUCUUUGAGACCUAAUGGAAUCUGCAUUGGCUCUUACUGGUAAAAAAGGCAUGAAUAAAUAAUAUUGGUGGGGUUCUCCUCUGAUUAACGUAUAGGAUCUCGACCAUGAGUUAAGUGAUCUCCACGGAUUCUCACCAGGUUAUUAAUCUCACUUGCCUGCAAUCAGAUUGAAGGACGUCCGGUCACAAGAGAUCAACUCGGUGGGCUCCCACAAUCCUUGUGGCCGACUGACACGGUGCGCGCCACGCAUCGUGAUGUAGUUUUUAAAUGUACGGUAGUCACAAUUUACGUCGUAAAAGUGCACCUGAGAGUCACUCUUAAAAAAAACUGAAUUACCUGAAGCUUUGAACAGAUGCCAGACAGCCCAGGAGACGUGAACCCAAGGCGUGUAGCUGCUUGAGAAGAGCUGUUUGCUUUUGGGUUCCAUCUAUAAAACAAACGGUUAGCACUAACUUGAAAAAUUAACAUAAAAUAAUCACUUGCUUUAAGUUAUUUAGUUGUCUUAUGUCUCUUGUUUUUACGUCUCUAACUUUUUGCAGAAGUUUAGUUCGUUAGUGAGAACAUUUCCUGUAUUCGAUGUUGAUUUUACAAAAUGAGGGGAUAUUUCUGACCUGUGUACAUUCCAGCCAGACCUUUAAUUGUUGAAUGUGCCGUGUGUAUCUGUUUGAUUUCAUUAAACGGACGUUGGAAUACAUCACAGCAA